AUGCCCUUUGUAUCGGCUCAACAUGCAAUGCAGAACGACGAUGUCGACCUAGAGCUGAUCCCUCAAUCAGCCGGAGACAGUCUUCAACCCCGCCCAAAUACAUACAGCACAACUUUACCUACCCACCGCAUCUCCCUGUUCAAACCAUCUGAUCGGCCCGUCGAACUGCCCACUGAUCGUACAGUCAUUGCAUUUGAUGACUGUCAGACUUUACGAGAUAGCUUCAGAGUGGACUUGAAAGUGGCAAUUAGCCCUUGGUUCUUACACUCUAACGCCAUCCGCAAGGAAGACGAGAAGAUUGACGAAGAGAUGUUGACAACCAGUCGUGAGAUUUGGGACCGACCGACGAAUCAUAAAGCUUCCAAAAGCGUUACCGAGAAUUCUCUAGAAGCUGUACAUGGUCUUCAAUAUUACUUGGAACACUUUUUUGGGAUAUGCAAUUCCGUGUAUCGUAACCCUCCGAACAGCGAGAGUGAUAAAGAGGUUACCUUCGACUUGAUCGCGAAUCAUCGCUUCAGUCUAUCCUCGCUUAGCGAAGACGUCAAAGUCAGAUUGGUAAAGGACGAUGUAUUCUCCAAGUUCAGAUCUAUUGGAUUCACGUUGAGAUCAGCAGUGCCCGCGAUAACCAAUGAUGCUCCUGAAUUUGAGUACAAGACAUCGCGGAUAGGACAUCAAUUUGAAAUAUCUUGGGAUAUCGAAUCGGACAGGACAAAAGUCCGAUCGUUGUAUGUUGCCAAAACUAGCAAAGAUGACCUGAGAAAGGCUCUUGGUGUCGAGAGAUCGCAAGUCAGUGGUGUGUCAAGUGUAGACACAUUAGCCGACGACCUGAAUUGGGUGGAACAGGCUAUAGAGACGCACCAAGAACAAGAGGAAUAUCAGAGAGAACGUGAACGUCGUAGUACUAUGGCAGAUUUUGUGGCUUCAAUUCAAGAGGUUGGUGAGCCUGAUUCUCCGGGAACAAUAGAUGCGAGACGAGCGAUCAUUGCUCAAGCGGAAUCCGAAUAUCGAAGGGUACGAUAUGGAUGGUUUGAUUAA